AAUUGGAGUGUAGGCCAACGCCUGAAUCAAAGAAAGAAAAGAUACUUGAAAAUUGAAUCUUAGAGAAGAGAAACUCUCUGUUUUUCAUUUCUUUUCCUCUCUAACAAUGGCUCCUCACUUCGUUUUUCCUCAAACCCUCCGAUCUCUGGAGGAGGAACCCGAAGACCAUCGUCUCUACGCUCAGAAUCCAAUCGACAUCUCUUCUCUUCGUCCAUCUGAACUCGAAGAGUUCGUCAAAGGCGUGUCCUUUGAUUUGUCUGAUAAAGAGCUGUUCUGCGUUGAAGAACAAGAUUUAUUUGACCGUGUGUAUUCAUUGAUUUUGGGUUUCUCUAGCCUGACACCAUCUUCUAAACUCAAUCUUGUGGAAAGCCUACGAUCCAACCUCAGUGUUCUUCUUCCAAAUGUUGAUUCACUCUCACGGGUUUCUCAUGGCCAGGAUGAUGAUCCUCCAGUGUUUGAUAGGGUCACAUCACAUAGGAAUGCUUUCAAAAUAUAUACAUUCUUUCUCCUCAAUAUCGUUCUCGCUGAGGAGUCCCAUGCUAAUGCCAAUAGCAAUUUAAAGGCGACAGCAAGUUCCAGGAAGAAACAACCAUUGCACUCAUGGAAUUGGGAACCACAGAGGGGUCGGAUACUUAAUUUAAUUGCUAAUUCUUUAGAGGUCAAUCUUGGGUUGAUUUUCGGAUCAUCAGAUCCAGAUGAAAAUUAUCUUUCUUUCAUUGUGAAAAAUGCGUUCUCCAUGUUUGAGAAUCCAACACUUCUUAGAGACUCCGAAACGAAAGAUGCUCUGUGUCGUGUAAUUGGGGCUUGUGCUACAAAGUACCAUUACAUAGCACAAUCAUGUGCGUCGAUCAUGCACCUAAUUCACAAAUAUGAUUUUGUUGUUACCCACAUGGCUGAUGCAGUUGCUGGAGCUGAAAAAAAAUAUGCUGAUGGAACUCUUGCAAGUACUCUUAUCAGAGAGAUUGGGAGGACUAACCCAAAAAAUUAUGUGAAGGACACUGCUGGAGCUGAAAAUGUUGGGCGUUUUCUUGUAGAACUCGCUGAUCGGCUGCCAAAGUUAAUUUCAACUAACAUUGGUGUUUUGGUUCCACAUUUUGGAGGGGAAUCUUAUAAGAUAAGGAAUGCUUUAGUUAGUGUUUUGGGAAAGCUGGUUGCCAAGGCAUUUAAUGAUGUUGAAGGUGAAAUGAGUUCUAAAUCUGUUCGUCUUCGAACCAAGCAAGCCAUGUUGGAAAUCUUGCUUGAACGAUGUCGAGAUGUUUCUGCUUUUACAAGGAGUCGCGUUCUUCAGGUUUGGGCUGAAUUGUGUGAAGAGCAUUCUGUUUCAAUUGGCUUGUGGAAUGAGGUUGCAGAAGUUGCUGCUGGGAGAUUAGAGGACAAAACUGCAAUGGUAAGGAAAGCUGCGUUGAAUUUACUUAUAAUGAUGUUGCAACAUAAUCCUUUUGGUCCACAACUACGAAUUGCUUCAUUUGAAGCAACCUUAGAGCAAUACAAGAAGAAACUGAAUGAACUUGAACCAGAUAAAAGCACAGGGACUGUUGGGGAUGGCUCACAAUCAGAAAGUGAUACCUCUGGUGGUGAAGGUGAGGUUGAUAAUGUAAAUGCUGAAGGGGUAGCUGAGAAACAGCAAGACAGUUUAACUGAUAGUUGUCUGCCUCAUCUGGAAGAUGAAAUUACUCAGAAGGACAGUGCAGUACCAGAUGUUGGGAACUUGGAGCAAACUCGGGCCUUGGUGGCAUCUCUUGAGUCUGGCUUGAGGUUUUCAAAGUGCAUCUCUGCCACAAUGCCUACUCUUGUUCAAUUGAUGGCUUCAUCUUCUGCCACAGAUGUCGAGAACACAAUUCUCUUGCUAAUGAGGUGCAAACAAUUUCAAAUUGAUGGGGCAGAAGAAUGCCUCCGUAAGAUGUUGCCACUGGUAUUCUCACAGGAUAAAGCUAUAUAUGAAGCCGUGGAGAAUGCAUUUUUAACUAUUUAUGUAAGGAAAAAUCCUGCAGAAACUGCUAAGAAUCUUUUGUAUCUUGCCAUUGAUUCAAAUAUUGGAGAUCUUGCAGCUCUGGAAUUUAUUAUCAAUGCCUUGGUGUCUAAAGGUGAUAUAUCUACGAGCACGAUAUCAGCGUUAUGGGAUUUCUUUUGCUUUAAUGUCAGUGGAACAACAGCAGAACAAAGUCGUGGUGCUUUAUCCGUGCUUUGCAUGGCUGCAAAAUCAUCCGCUGGAGUUCUUAGUUCUCACUUGCAUGAUAUUAUUGAUAUUGGCUUUGGCCGUUGGGCUAAAGUGGACCCUUUGCUUGUUAGAACGGCAUGCAUUGCAAUUCAAAGAUUGUCAGAAGAGGACAGAAAAAAAUUAUUGGUUAGUAAUGGCAGCCGUGUUUUUGGCAUACUAGAAAGCUUAAUUACAGGCUUUUGGCUCCCAGAAAACAUAUGGUAUGCUGCUGCUGAUAAAGCAAUAGCUGCCAUUUAUACAAUACAUCCAACUCCAGAAAUUGCAGCUGCUGAUAUUGUAAAGCAAUCUUUUAGUUCUGUUUUUGACUGUAAUGGAGGACAAGAAUUGCAGAGUGACAUUGACAGCGGCAGCACUAAAGCUCUCACAGCAGUUCAAGUAUCAAAACUUGGUAGAUAUUUAUUUGUUGCAAGUCAUGUUGCCAUGAACCAGUUACUAUACAUAGAAUCCUGUGUUCGAAAAAUCCAGAAGCAGAAGACAACAAGAGAGAAAAAGGUUGCUGAUGAUCAGAAUGUUCAUAAUACUGGCAUAGAACCAGCAAAUACACAAAAUGUUAACAAUAUCAAUGCUGAGUUAGGUGUUGCAGGCUCAGAAGACGCAAUUCUUGAUACGCUUUCUGAAAGAGCAGAGCAAGAGAUUGUUUCUGGCAGUUCCAGUGAAAAGAAUUUGAUAGGGCUUUGUGCACCUUUCCUAUCAAAGCUCUGUAGAAAUUUUACUUUGAUGCAAAAGUAUCCAGUACUCCAGGCAUCUGGAAUGCUUGCUCUUUGUAGAUUUAUGAUUAUUGAUUCCAAUUUUUGUGAUGCGAAUCUCCAGCUUCUCUUUACAGUUGUGGAAAGUGCACCAUCAGAAACUGUUCGCUCCAAUUGCACUAUUGCUCUUGGAGAUUUGGCAGUUCGCUUUCCUAAUCUGUUAGAACCAUGGACUGAAAAUAUGUAUGCGCGUUUACGAGAUCCUUCAGUUUCUGUUAGAAAAAAUGCUGUGCUAGUUCUUUCGCAUCUCAUCUUAAAUGACAUGAUGAAGGUGAAAGGUUAUGUAAAUGAGAUGGCUCUAUGUUUGGAAGAUGAAGAUGAAAGAAUAUCAAAUCUGGCUAAACUUUUCUUCCAUGAGUUGUCGAAGAAAGGAAGCAAUCCAGUGUAUAAUUUACUUCCAGAUAUACUUGGUAAGCUAUCCUCCAAGAAUCUGCAGAGGGAAUCUUUCUGCAACGUUAUGCAGUUCUUAAUUGGUUCCAUAAAGAAGGACAAACAAAUGGAAGCUCUUGUUGAAAAGCUCUGCAAUAGGUUUACUGGCGUUACUGAUGUUAAGCAAUGGGAAUAUAUCUCUUACUGCCUCUCUCAGUUGACUUUUACUGAAAAGGGCAUGAGAAAACUCAUAGACUCAUUCAAGUCAUAUGAGCAUGUCCUGUCCGAGGAUUCAGUUAUGGACCAUUUCAGAAGCAUAAUCAACAAGGGUAAAAAGUUUGCAAAACCAGAGCUUAAAUCGUGCAUUGAGGAGUUUGAAGAGAAGCUCCAUAAGUUCCAUAUGGAAAAGAAGGAGCAAGAAGUGACUGCAAGAAAUGCUGAAAUUCAUAGACAGAAAGUUGAAAACGUAGAACGUGUUGUCAAAGCUAGAAAUGAGGGUGAAGAGAGCGAAGAAUCCAAUAUCACUGAAGAUGAAGACAUUGAUCCGUCCAUGGAAGGGACUUCUCCGUCUUCGAAUGAGGUAUCAGAUGCAAAAUUUGAUGAUUCAGAUGAAUAUUCAGGUGUUUCCAGUGAGGUAACAGAGGCAGAGGCAGAUGGGACUGAAGUUCAGUCACCAAAAGUUACAAUGAAAGGAGCCUCUAAAUCUAGAGCAAGGAAAAACAACAUGAAAGAUCACAAGAGUGGUAUUUCCACAUCCACAAGAAAAAACAUAAGAUCAAACCAAAGGUAGAAGAGUUAGCAAGUUGGUAGAUCAAACCUUGUGUUGCUUUUCAUAAAUGGAUCAGCAUAAGAAGUCUCUCUUGUCGUUUUGUUGUUAAAGAAAGUAUUAACAUUUUGUAGUAAUAUGUAUGUUUGCAUAUAAUAGUUGCUUAAGUUUGAUAAGUUUGAUGUCUAUGGAGGACCAUACCAAUUAUAUUUACUUAGAAGUGGGUAUUUCUUAUGGAUAGAAUUUUCUUA